AUGGCGGAUUUAUCUAGUUCGAACAACGAUGAGCGAAAGGGCCGGCUUUACAACCCGUACCAUGAUCUCCAUGUCCCGAUGCAGAACCUCUACAAUCUUCCAACCGCACCAGAACACCUCUUUAUCGAAGAAGCCUCAAAGCCUCAUCGAUCAUGGGGUGAGAACCUUCAAUACUACACCGGUUGUGGUUACUUGUCCGGUGCGAUCAUCGGCGGCGCCAAGGGAUCCAUAGAAGGUCUCAAGGCAGCUGAGGCAGGCGAUACGCUCAAGCUCCGCGUUAACCGUGUUCUUAAUUCGGGCGGCUCACUCGGACGGAGGUACGGAAACACUCUUGGCAUUCUUGGAUUGAUCUUCGCCGGUUUGGAAAGUGGGGUAAUUCAAUUAAGAGGUCAAGAUGAUUUGUUGAAUACUGUUGUGGCUGGACUUGGGACUGGUGCGCUUUAUAAAGCGGCGGCGGGACCGAGGUCGGCGGCCAUUGCUGGUGCCAUCGGAGGGAUUGCGGCGGCGGCUGCAGUUGCGGGGAAGCAGGCUGUCAAGAGAUACGUUCCGAUAUAGUGAAAGUUUAUAAAGUUAGAAAUUAGAAUGUGUUUGGAUGGUGGGAAAACUUCUUGGGGAAAAUGGGCUUAUGGGUUGUUUUAGUUGUUUUUUUUUUCUUACAGGUUAAUCCAUUGCAUUGGGUAUAAAUUUAAUAGUUUAGUGUUCAAUGGUUUGUGCUCAAAUUUGUCGAUUUUUCAUUUUGUGAGGCUGAUAUGAUACUGGCUAUGAAAUUUGGUUCUGAGGUAUUUAGCUGUAAGAGAGUAUCCUUUCAAUGGAAAAGAAAAAGGUUUAUUAAAUUCUUA